GUGGGAGUGGCCAGGUCAGUGCCUCGCCUCCUCCACCAUGUCGCUGCUCCGGUCACUCUUGUCCCUGAUGGUGGUGGUCUGCGCCGCACCUCUCUGUGCGGCGGAGUGGCCCUGUCCGCUCGACAGUGCUAUUUACCCCUGCACAUGCGCCACUACCGCAAGAUAUGAAAUAAACGUGGACUGUUCCAACGUCCAAUCCAGUGACCAGCUGGCAAGGGUAUUCCAAACGCCGUUCGCCUUCCAUGACUUGAAUCGACUCACCAUCGAGCCCGUUGUUCCUUACGAGUCCCUGCUAGACCUGCCUGCUGGAGUGUUCGGUGACGUGAGCUUCAACGAGAUUGACAUCACCAACACGGUCAUCCACACGGUGGAGGAAGAGACGCUCGUCAACUCCCACAACACGCUGGUGCGCCUUAACAUGGAGGAAAACAAGAUCAGUUGGUUCCCCUUCGAGACGUUGAAACUGUACGUGCAACUGACAGAGCUCGACUUGUCGUACAACAAUUUUUCUGGGGUCAUGCCGGACAUCGAGAUGGAAGCUCUCAUCUCCUCGACUUAUCCGGCAACACGGGCUUCACACUCACCCAGACGGUCUUCAUAGGCUCUCCCUAUCUGG